CGACUAGCUAUCACAGUCCAGUUCCACUGACAGAUAUAAGCACCAAACAAGAUGCGUUCCUUCAUCAUCGUCGCCCUCUUCGCACUGAUUGCCGUGGCUGCCGCUCAAGGUGGCCGACGUGGAGGUCCUCGUGGUGGCCCUCAGGGUGGACCCCAGGGUGGACCUCAGGGUGGACCUCAGGGUGGUCCACAGGGAGGACCUGGCGGACCAGGUGGUCCCCAGGGAGGACCCGGAGGACCAGGUGGUCCCCAGGGAGGACCAGGAGGACCAGGUGGUCCCCAGGGAGGACCAGGAGGACCAGGUGGUCCCGGCGGUCCGUGGGGUCUGCCUCCAAAUGCCACUCUUCCCAGCAACAGCACCACCAGCACCACCAGUACCAGUACCUCCACAACGACCACCGAAGCCAGCACUUCCACAACCACGGAAGCCACCACCGAGUCAUCCUCUGCUUAGGACGCAGGACUGCAGCCAAUCUAAAAUCCAUUUUUGGCUUGUUCUCCUCCGCGCUUCCCUUGAUAUUAAUAAAAGUCUUCUCUGCAAAAAGUAAA